UCGUCUAAUAGCUCAUUAUUGGCUCAGCUUCCUCCUCCAGCACACUUUUCUGCUGUGACCACUGGAGGCUCUCAGCAGCUUAUGCGUCACUUCACCUCUCAGUCGCUGAUCAUGGCGGAGCUACAGCUCCAGCAUGAAGUGCAGCCUCAACUUCUUAAUGGGGACGUUUUAAACGAGGAGAGAGAGGAUGCAGACGCGACAGAAUCAGUGAAGAAGAAGAGAAGAAAGAAGAAGAGGAAUAAGACUACCGCACCAGCAGGGACAAAUGAGGCUGAGGGGGAUGGAGAACCUGGAGGUGUUGGUGAUGUGACAAAACAGUUGGAGCAGCAAACCCUGGAGGACAAAGAGAGGGAGGAGGAUGGAGAAGAAGAUGGUGAAGAGGGUGAGAACUCGGCUGGAAAAAAGAAGAAGAAGAAGAAAAAGAAGAAAGGAUUGAGGGGACAGACUGACCCUCCCUCAAUCCCUAUUUGUGAGCUCUAUCCCAGUGGAGACUUUCCAAAGGGAGAGGAGUGUGAAUAUCCACCAUCGAAAGACGGGCGCAGUGCAGCGUGGCGGACCACCAGCGAAGAGAAGCGGGCGCUGGACAGGGCCAACGAGGAAAUGUGGAGCGAUUUCAGGCAGGCUGCCGAGGCACACCGGCAGGUCCGCUCCUACGUAAGGAGCUGGAUCCAACCGGGGAUGACCAUGAUUGACAUCUGUGAGAGACUGGAGGACUGCUCCAGGAGGCUCAUCAAAGAAAACGGGCUAAAGGCAGGCUUGGCUUUCCCCACCGGAUGCUCCAUCAACCACUGUGCAGCCCACUACACCCCCAAUGCAGGAGACCCCACUGUGCUGCGCUAUGACGACAUCUGCAAAAUCGACUUUGGAACGCACAUCAACGGUCGAAUCAUAGACUGCGCCUUCACCGUCACCUUCAAUCCAAAGUUUGACCGGCUGCUGGAGGCUGUGAAUGAUGCAACCAACACCGGCAUUAAGUUUGCAGGGAUUGAUGUGCGUCUGUGCGAUGUCGGUGAGACCAUUCAGGAGGUCAUGGAGUCGUAUGAAGUGGAGAUAGAUGGGAAAACGUAUCAAGUGAAGCCAAUCAGGAAUCUCAAUGGCCACUCCAUUGGACAGUACAGGAUACACUCAGGGAAGACGGUCCCUAUCGUGAAAGGCGGAGAGGCCACGAGGAUGGAGGAAGGUGAAGCUUAUGCCAUCGAGACAUUUGGCAGCACAGGAAGAGGUGCAGUCCACGAUGACAUGGAGUGCUCACAUUACAUGAAAAACUUCAAUGUUGGACACGUACCAAUAAGACUUCCAAGGGCUAAACAUCUGCUGAAUGUGAUCAACGAGAACUUUGGCACUCUGGCAUUCUGCCGCCGCUGGCUGGACCGGCUCGGAGAGAGCAAGUACCUGAUGGCGUUGAAGAAUCUGUGCGACCUCGGCAUCAUAGACCCGUACCCACCUCUCUGCGACAUCAAGGGCAGCUACACCGCCCAGUACGAGCACACCAUCCUACUCAGGCCCACCUGCAAGGAGGUGGUGAGCCGGGGGGACGACUACUGAGCAUGUGCCAAAACUUGAGGCGAAACUGGGAGGAGCAUGACAGCUCUGAGACAACAGACCUCUGCAGACUGACAGCAACUUAUGCAAUAUUUCUCUGACCUAUGUACAUUUUCACUGCUUCUGUACCUUUAGGCCAUUAAAUAAGCAAGAGCAAAAGACUUGUGUCAUGGCAGUAGCUUAACAGUGUUUUUCUUUUUUAUCAAAGGAUUAAGCCUAUAGACAAAGGGACAUUUCUUUAAGUAAUGUAGAGCUCCCAUUUUAGUCAAAUAUUGAUGUGCUGCUUUUAGGAAAUAUGCAAAAGGAAAUAUAUGCAAAAAGAAUCAUGCAAAAAAGAUUUUGGGGAACUCCUUGGCUAACAAUGCUGAGCUUUAUUGCCUUGUUAAGAUCUGAUGGUGAAAAAACUGCUAUGAAAUAUUUAUAUUUAUAUUUAUUUGCUCUAUUUUAA